AGAACCAGAGAUGGAACCAGAGAUGGAACCAGAGAUGGAACCAGAGAUAGAACCAGAAAUGGAACCAGAGAUGGAACCAGAGAUGGAACCAGAGAUGGAACCUGAGAUAGAACCAGAGAUGAAACCAGAGAUGGAACCAGAGAUGAAACCAGAGAUAAAACCAGAGAUGGAACCAGAGAUGGAACCAGAGAUGAAACCAGAGAUGAAACCAGAGACGGAACCGAAUGAAUCUGAAUCUUCAGAAAUGAACACAUCUGAAAAUCAUGCAGAACUUGGGGAUGUAAGACUAGAAGAUUUUAAUGAAACUGAAAAAGUAAAAUCAAAAAUUGUUGAAGAAUCCGAAGAAACUGAAAGAACCGGAAUGGUCGAGCCUACACAGGAUAUUAUAGAAGGUGAAUCCCCCGAUGUAUUCAUGAUUUUAGAAGACGGAUGCGAACCUCUCACACAAGAACCUGUAACAAGCGCAGGAGGUGGUGCCACACAACACGUGGACAACAUAAAUAUAACUGAAGACGGAUUGGGAAAUGUUACAGCUAUUGAUGUAGCUGCAGCUCUGGAUGCAAAGGUUCUAGAAGAUCAAGCUGAACUUAUUUCUGAACAUAUUAUCAACGAGGUGGUAGCUGAAGAACCAGAAGAUGCUUGUCAGGAAUCCAUUAAUAAUUUGGACAGCAAUGGAUCAGUUAAGACCGUGAUAAGGUUGACGGAGAAUGGUUCAGGGGAAGUUUCUAAGGAGAAUAAUAACACGGAAGAGGAUAAAAAAACACAAGGGGAAGAAGCUGAAGCAAUUAGGAUAAAAGAAGAAGAAGAGGCCAAUAGAAUAAAAGAAGAGGAAGAGGCCAAUAGGAUAAAAGAAGAAGAAGAGGCCAAUAGAAUAAAAGAAGAGGAAGAGGCCAAAAGGAUAAAAGAAGAGGAAGAGGCCAAAAGGAUAGCAGAAGAAGAGGUCAAAAGAAAAAGAGAGAAAGAGGCCAAAAGAAUAGCAGAAGAAGAAGAGACCAAACGGCUUAAAGAAGAAGAAGAGGCAAAAAUAAUUAAAGAAGAGGAAGAGGCCAAAAGGAUUAAAGAAGAAGAAGAGACCAAAAGAAUAAAAGAAGAAGAAGAAGCCAAAAGAAUAGCAGAAGAAGAAGAGGCUAAAAGGCUAAAAGAAGAAGAAGAGGCCAAAAGGAUAGCAGAAGAAGAAGAGGCUGAAAGGAUAGCAAAAGAAAAAGAGGCGAAAAAGCUAAAAGAAGAAGAAGAGGUCAAAAGAAUAAAAAAAGAAGAAGAGGCCAGAAGGAAAGAAGAGGCCAAAAGAAUAGCAGAAGAAGAAGAGGCUAAAAGGCUAAAAGAAGAAGAAGAGGCCAAAAGGAUAGCAGAAGAAGAAGAAGCCGAAAGGAUAGCAAAAGAAAAAGAGAUUAAAGAAGAGGAGGAUGCGAAAAGGAUAAAAGAGGGAGAAGAGGCACAAAGAAUAAAAGAAGAAGAAGAUUCCAAAAGGUCGAACGAGGAAAAAGAGGCCAAAAGAAAAGCGGAGGAAGAAGAGGCCAAAAAGCUCAAAGAAGAAGAAGAAAAAAAACAUCUGAAAGAUGAAGAGGAAGGCAGAAGAAUAAAAGAGGAGCAGGAGAUCGCAAAAAGUAAAGAAGAAAAAGAAAAAGAAGAACUAAAAAAAGAGACAGAGAGAAUAAAACGUUUAGAAGAGAUAAAUAAGAUAAAGGAGGAGGAGGAGAAAGAGGUGAGGAGAAGGAUGGAUGAGAUGAGGAUGAAUGAAGGUAUCCUCCAGGAAGAGGAGGAUAUGAGAGGACAGUUGAAGAUUGCAACCUGGAAUUCAAGUUUUGAUGUUUUAGGCGAACUUGUUGAUUCAGAAAUCUAUUCUGUUCCUAAUUCUAAUAUUAGGUCUGGUAGAUCAAGUGCUACUGUAGCACUAGGCAGACAGAUAUCGAAGAGUUCUAGUGAGCUAUCUGAGCUAGGGAGGAAGCUGUUAUUAUAUAAUAUUGUAUAUAGAGUUCUAGUGAGCUAUCUGAGCUAGGGAGGGAGCUGUUUAUUAUAUAAUAUUGUAUAUGAGAGUUCUAGUGAGCUAUCUGAGCUAGGGAGGGAGCUGUUAAUUAUAUAAUAUUGUAUAUAGAGUUCUAGUGAGCUAUCUGAGCUAGGGAAGGAACUGUUUAUUAUAUAAUAUUGUAUAUGAGAGUUCUAGUGAGCUAUCUGAGCCAGGGAGGGAGCUGUUUAUUAUAUAAUCUUGUAUAUAGAGUUCUAGUGAGCUAUUUGAGCUAGGGAGGGAGCUGUUUAUUAUAUAUUAUUGUAUAUCGAGUUCUAGUGAGCUAUCUGAGCUAGAGAAGGAACUGUUUAUUAUAUAAUCUUGUAAAAAGAGUUCUAGUGAGCUAGGAGCUAGGGAGGUAGCUGUUUAUU